AUAAAAAUGUUGAUGAAUCAAUAAUUACAGGAGUUAUUUUAUAUUAGAAUUAAUAAGUAAGUAUAUUAUCAUCAACUUAAAGCUAAUUUAGAUUUAAAGUUUGGGAAUAUUUUUUCGACUUUUAAAAUUAAAAUUAAUUUGAAUUAAUAUUUUCAGUAAGAAAUCCAAAUUAUAUAAUACCAACAUUAAUUUCUUAUUCUUUAAAUGCUAACAUACCUCCAUAAGAUUGUACUUUUGAUUAAACUACAGGUUUUGAAGUUAAAAAUAUGUAAGAUAAAUAAAUUCGUUCAAUAAACGAAUGUAUUGAUACUGAUUAACCUUUAUCUUAUUCUUUCUAUUUUUAUAAAGAUUAAGAUGAUUAUAAUAAUGAAUUAUUAAAUGUAUAAUUUAUUAAAAGACAUUUAUUAUCUGAUUUCUCACCAAAUAGUAGUAUUUAAACUGUUUUACCUUUUGGUGCGUCCUUAAUUAUGGGAAUAAUAUAAGAUUCAAAAGGAGGAAUAAGAAAUAUAACUUAAUAAAUUACAGUGAGCCAAUAUAGUUAAGAUAGUUCUUCAUAUUAUGAAUUUAUAAAUAAUUA